AUGGCCCUCAGGGAACGCAUCUCGUCCCCCCUCGAGGCCGGCCCCUCCCUCCUCGACGCCCACCACAUCGCGCCUCACCUCCUCCCCGUCCUGGAAUACACCUCCGGCCGCCUCGCCCGAAAGUCGAUCCACCUGACCCUCAUCAUCGUCAAGCGCGACUACCAGCUGCUCAACUCGUCCGUCCCGUCCCCGCAGCAGCACUUCUGCUCCACGCCCCUCGGGACCCCGGACUCGCCGCCCCCUCUCACCGGCGGCGGCAGCAGCAGCAGCAGCAGCAGCUCCGGCAGCAGCGCCGCCGCCCGGCUCGCGCUUUCGAGCCCCGUCGUCGCGCUCAAGCAUCUCAUGCGGUCGGCGUCGCAGCACGUCGUGGGCAGCAGUCCGCGGAGCGCUGUUGCCCCGCCUGCAUCGUCAUAUCCCGUGACGGAGCCGGCGUCCAGUCCAAGGUUCCGGUGGCCGCUUUCGCCGGCGUUUCCGUCUUCGCCUCCGCCGAUGACGCCGUCGACGACGUCGUCGUUGACUACCACCGACAGCAACGGGUCGGCGACAGCGUCCAACAGCAUGGGGCUGCGCUGCUUCCACUCAGGAGACCUGUCCCCGCGGACAGAAAAGAUCCUCAAGAGCACCCUCAUCAAGGCGGGCAACAAGUUUGGCGUCGGGAGCGGAUGGCUCGUCCCCCUCACAAGCCCCAGCACCCGCGACCUCACCACCCAGCUCUACCACAGCUCCGUCGUCCAAAACGAGGUCCUCUUCUCCUCCGACGGCCUCAACCUCCUCACCCUCGACCGCCUCUACAGCAUCAAGAGCGCCCUCUCCAGCUACUCAAAGACAAACUCCCCGCUGCGCCUCGAGGACGCCGUCGACGAGCUGCGCCGCUACGUCCUCGCCAACAACGGCUGCAAGGUCACGCGCGCCGACCUCCUCCGCUCCUACGACUGGCUCGGCGUCAGCGGCUCCGCCAUCGGCGACCUCGACCGCAUGUAUCGCCGCGCAUACGGCGGGCCGGAGCUCGUGGGCGGCAUCGCCGGGAUGCAGCAGACGACGGACAGGAGGCCGCCGAACCCGCCCUUUGCGCUGCAUCUGCCGCCCAAGAACCGCUUCGUCGACGAAUGGGAGGAUGGCAGCCUUAGUCCCUCAAGCACCAUUCUAGACGACGGCAUCGUCAGGGUCGCCAUGACGGCUGUCAAGUUCUCUCGACCGCCCACGCCUCGGAGGAUCGGGCCUCCGCUGAAGUUGCAGACCGAUUUCUCGCCCAAACCCACAUCCCCUGUUGAACCGGACAAGCCAGCCGAGGUGGUGCCAAAGAUCGAGGAGCCCGAAGAAGAAGUCCACACGGCACGGCCUGUCGAUCGAUCCAUGGCCGCCAUGUGGAACACCCGCUUCACCAUCGAUCAGAUGCUCAGUCCAAACACCAACACGGACUUGCAGCCACACUCGCCUGCAAUCGGGCCCAUGACGCCUCACGGGUACGACGACAUAUCGCCAGUGACGCGCGGCGAAUGGGGCUUCCUGAUGGGCGGCAACGGGCUCAACAUAGGGAAAACCGCUGCUGUGGAAACCUUUUGA